GACACCCACCCGGGGCCGCGGCUGCCCGAAGGGAUUUGAAGCUGGGUCAAGCCAUGGAAGUGUCAUUGUCGCGGCUCGGGGGCCCGGAGAAGUGAGCGGCUGGGACACCGGGGCACCGGGCUCUGCUCUGCAGCUGGACACCGGGACGGUCCCGAAAAAGCAGCACAGCCCUGGGCAGAGCAGGCAGAAAGCGGGGUUUGGCACGGACUGCAGGGGCACAGGACAAUACCCGGAGGCCAGGAGCCGUCCCACCACCCACCUGGGGCUGGGAACAUCGGCCCCUUGACCGGACUCUGGCACCCAUCCGAGCCCGAUGAGGAGCUGGGGCUGAAUGUGAACCUAUGCAGACCAGGAAGAAAUACAUUUUCCUGACUUUCCUUGCCUCUUGGCUCCUGCUUUUCUUCUUCGGAGGGGAUCAGCUGCGCCGUUUCGCUCCCUUUUCCGGGAGGAAAGCAGAAGCCCGGAGGAACUGGCCCCGCUGGACAGAUCGGUCCCUCCUCAAAAGCUUUGCGGACCCCGAGGAGCUGCAGAGGGAUGAGGACCCUUCCCUGCUGUCCCCCCGGGAGCGGCGGGCGGCGUGGCUGAGCGCCUACAGGAGCAGCAGCUGCCGGAUGGAAACCUGCUUCGACUUCUCCAGGUGUGAGAGGCACGGCUUCAAAGUGUUCACCUACCCCCAGGAGCGGGGCCAGCCCGUCUCGGAGACCUACGGCAAAAUCCUCAGCUCCAUCGAGCGCUCCCGCUACCACACCCUGAACCCCGAGGAAGCCUGUCUGUUCAUCCUCAGCAUCGACACGCUGGACCGCGACCACCUCUCGGGCCGCUACGUCCACAACGUGGAUGAGAAAAUCCGCGGCUUUCCGCUCUGGAACGGCGGCCGCAACCACCUCAUCUUCAACCUCUACUCGGGCACCUGGCCCAGCUACACCGGGGACCUGGGCUUCGACAUCGGCCAGGCCAUCCUGGCCAAAGCCAGCUUCAGCACCGACAGCUUCAGGCCCGGCUUUGAUGUCUCCAUCCCUCUGUUCUCCAAGGACCACCCGCAGCGCGGCGGGGACAAGGGGUGGCUGUUGCAGGACUCGGUGCCCCCCAAAAAGAAAUACUUGUUGGUGUUCAAGGGGAAGCGGUACCUGACCGGCAUCGGCUCCGGCACCCGGAACGCGCUGCACCACAUCCACAACGGGAAGGACAUCAUCUCCCUCACCACCUGCAAGCACGGCAAGGACUGGGAGAAGCACAAGGACACGCGCUGUGACAAGGAUAACGUGGACUAUGAAAGGUUUGACUACCAGGAGCUGCUGCACAACUCCACCUUCUGCAUCGUGCCCCGGGGCAGGCGCCUGGGCUCCUUCCGCUUCCUUGAGGCUCUGCAGGCCGCCUGCAUCCCGGUGCUGCUGAGUGACGGCUGGGAGCUGCCCUUCGCCGAGGCCAUCGACUGGGGCAGAGCUGCUGUCGUGGGCAGCGAGAGGCUCCUGCUGCAGAUCCCCUCCGCCGUGCGCUGCAUCCACCCGGAGCGUGUCCUGGCUUUCCAGCAGCAGACCCAGUUCCUGUGGGAUGCCUACUUCUCCUCCGUGGACAAGAUCGUGCACACCACGCUGGAGAUCAUCAAGGACCGGCUGUCUCCACCCCGCUCCCGCUCCCGUUUCCUCUGGAACACUCUGCCCGGGGGGCUCCUGCUCCUGCCUGACUUCUCCACCCACCUCGGGGAUUUUCCCUUCUACUACCUGCAGCACGGCUACAGCCCCUCCAAGAAGUUCACGGCUUUCAUCCGGGUGGCCUCGCAAGCAGGGUCGCUGUCCCAGCCCAUCCUCAGGCUCAUCCAAGCCGUCUCCGGAUCCCAGUACUGCGCCCAGAUCGUGGUCCUGUGGAGCUGCGAGAAGGCACCACCCCCGAGCGGGAAAUGGCCCCAGAGCACCGUGCCUCUGACCAUCAUCCAGGGCAGGAGGAAGCUCAGCGAGCGCUUUUUCCCCUUCGAGGCCAUCCAGACGGACGCGGUGCUGAGCCUGGACGAGGACACCAGCCUCUCCACCAGCGAGGUGGACUUCGCCUUCUCGGUGUGGCGCAGCUUCCCCGAGCGCAUCGUGGGCUUCCCCACCCAGAGCCACUUCUGGGACCCCGAGCAGGGGCGCUGGGGCUACACCUCCAAACGGACCAACGAGCUCUCCAUCGUCCUCACCGCCGCUGCCUUCUACCACAGGUAUUACCACAACCUCUUCACCGAGUACCUGCCCGCGGGGCUGCGGGAGCUGGUGGACGGGCUGGCCGCCUGCGAGGACAUCCUGAUGAACGUCCUGGUGGCCGCUGUCACCAAGCUGCCACCCAUCAAGGUGAGCCAGCGGAAACAGCACAAGGAGACGGCGGCCCAGCAGGCAGAGUGCGGGGAUGGAGCUGCGGGGACCCCCCCGGCCGCCCCCCCGAGCCCCUCAGCCCCGCACGGUGCCAAGGUGAAGGGCACGGCCGGCAGCCGGCGUUUCUCCCAGCGGCAGGACUGCCUCAACCAGUUGGCCGACUGGUUUGGCUACAUGCCCCUGGUGUCCUCCCAGCUGCGCCUCGACCCCGUCCUCUUCAAGGACCAGGUCUCCGUCCUGCGCAAGAAAUACCCGAGCCUGGAGAAGGCGUGAGGGUGCCGGGGUCGGGCCGGCUCCCGGUGUCCCGUUCCCGGCGCUCGGAGCCCUCCGGUCGCUGCUGCUGACGGGGUUUUACUCGUUAUUGGGUUUUACCAGUGCAAUAAAGGAGGGUGGAGAGGAGGGA